AUGGGGCAAAAGGCCUCACAGCAGGUAGCUCCGAAGGACAGCCAGGAGGUUCUCAUCAUGUGUGAGGUGGUCAGUGCGGCUAUUUCCCACGCAGCGCAGAAGCUGAAGGAGUACCUCGGGUUUGAGUAUCCACUGAGCAGACUCUGCCUCGCAGCAAGUUCACUGACUGAGAUCUUCCUCGUCCACUUCAUUACUUUCUGCCAGGAAAGGGGGGCUGAUGACUGGCUCACCACCACCAAGAUGACCAAGCACCAGGCCUGGCUGUUUGGAGCAGACUGGAUUUGGACCUUCUGGGGACCCGAUAAGCAAAUACGGCUUCAGGUGGCAGUGCAGACCCUGAGGAUGUCUUCUCUCCCUCUGAGGGACCCAAAAUCCUGUGAGUUGAGGGGAGAAGAGUCUUGGAAAAAAGGCAGAUUUGAUAAGCUGCAAGAGUUCUGUAACUUGGUAGGAGAGGACUGUCUGGGUCUGUUUAUCAUCUUCGGUGUGCCGGGAGAACCUAAAGCAAUUAGAGGCGUUGUCCUGGAGAGUGUCAGAAACGCGAUGGAGGAGAGCCGGCUGCCAGGACGCAAGGCUUUGGAGCAGUUUGUGCUGGAAACAGAGGACUGUGUCCCCAUCAAAGAGCUGCUGGGGAACUGUCUGAGUAAAAGAGAUGGGCUGAGUGACAUGGGCAAGGUUUACAUCCGUGUCCUCUGA